AUGUCUUCUAAGAAGAUCAUUCUCAUCACUGGUGCAAACCAGGGCAUUGGCUUCGACAGCACCUGGGCUUUGGUCUCCGCAUCCCCCGACAAUCACGUCGUCGUCGGCUCCCGUAGCGCGGAGCGGGGCGCCAAGGCCGUGGAAGAUCUCCAGGCCCGGAAGCCGGCCGGCACUGUGAGCCUCUUGGAGCUCGACAUCACUUCCGACGACUCCAUCAAGGCGGCGGUUGAGAAGCUCACCGCCGACUUUGGCGUCCUCGACGUCCUCGUCAACAACGCCGGCAUUGUCAUUACACAACCCAAGGAUCGCCGGUCUGAGCUGAUCGACACUUUCAACACCAACGCAGCUAGCGCAUUGCUCCUCACCGAGGCUCUGAUACCGCUACUCAAGAAGUCCAAGGACGCGAGAAUCAUCAACGUCACGAGUGGUCUCGGUUCCAUCCACGGACGCACUACUCCGGGUGGUGCAUUUUACGAUGUUCCCGGCGAUGCCUACCGCAUCUCCAAGGCGGCGCUGAACAUGGCGACGGCGCAUAUGCUGUGGGCCUACAAUAGCUGGGGCGCAAAAGUCUGGGCCUUCUGCCCUGGAUGGGUCGUCACCAAUCUUACGGGUGAAGGUGACAGGCAGAACAGAAUUGAUGGAGGUGCUGAGAGUUCGGAAACCAGCGCGCAGGGCAUUCUCGAGAUUGUUGAGGGCAAGAGAGAUGGUGAGGUUGGCAAGUUUCUUCAGAGGAAUGGUGGGCAGUUCCAGUGGUGA